CUGAACCUCUCAGACGCUAACUCUCAACUGAAAGCUCUUCUUCUCUGUUAUUCUCCACUAUUUCUCUCUCUACACUAUUCUGCCCUAUAUGGAGAAUAGAAGAGAUAAUGCGGACAAAUGGGUCCACGAUUCUUCGAUCGACUACAAGAGAAGAACUCCUCUUAGAGCCUCUACUGGUGUUUGGAAGGCUUCUCUCUUCAUCAUAGCGAUUGAGUUCAGUGAGAGGCUUAGCUACUUUGGUUUGUCUGUGAACUUGAUAAUAUACUUGACCAAGUUCUUGCACUAUGAGCUGAAGGAAGCAGCAAAGAGUGUUAACUGUUGGCUGGGGGUUACAACCCUUAUGGCUCCCAUAGGAGGAUUUAUGGCUGAUGCUUAUCUCGGUCGCUUCGCUACUGUUCUGCUCUCUUCUCUCGUCUAUAUUGUGGGACUCACUGUUCUCACAAUGUCCCAACUAGUACCCGCUCUCAAGCCCAACAACUCCAUGAAACUACACAAAACGAUCUUCUUCACAGCCAUAUACUUAAUCUCCAUCGGCACCGGCGGCCACAAGCCAAGCCUGGAGAGCUUCGGAGCCGACCAAUUUGACGAUGACCAUCCCACAGAGCACCGCCAAAAACUCUCAUUUUUUAACUGGUGGAACCUCGGUCUCUGCUGCGGCCUCCUUCUCGGCGUCACUUUAAUCGUCUAUGUAGAAGACACGCUCGGCUAUGGCCUUGCUGUCAUUACCCUCACCUUCAUCAUGCUUCUCAGCCUCUUUAUAUUCCUCCUCGGCCGCCCCUUUUAUCGUUUCCGCGUCCCACGAGGCAGCCCCCUCGCUCCUCUGUUUCAGACCUUCGCAACCGCCGUCUCGAACAGACACCUUCCUCUUCCUCCCACCGCCGACCAACUCUACGAGAUUCCAAACUCCGACAAGUUCCUCCGCCACACGGACAAGUUCCGAUUUUUAGACAAAGCAGCCAUUGUUGGAAAGGACCAACAGAGCUCAAGGCGGCUCGCCACUGUAACGCAGGUGGAAGAACUGAAGCUGGUGUUUUCCAUGAUCCCCAUCUGGCUCACCUCCGUUCCCUUCGGCAUAUGCGUUACCCAAACUUCGACCUUUUUCAUCAAACAAGCCAGCACAAUGAACAGAAAGCUCGCAGCCGGGUUCGAAAUUCCACCCGCCUCUGUCUACGCCCUCGGCGCUGUGGCGAUGAUCAUUUCAGUAAGUUUCUACGAGAAGUUGCUCGUACCAUUCCUCCGAAGAGCCACCGGCAACGAGCGGGGCAUUAGUCUUUUGCAGAGAAUCGGUAUAGGGAUUGCUUUCUCGAUCUUGGCGAUGGCAACGGCGGCUAUAGUGGAGAAGAAGCGGCUGUGGGUGGCGGAAGCAGAGAAAGCUGCGACCUUGUCAAUGAGCGUCUUCUGGUUGGUGCCGCAGUUCAUGAUAUUAGGAUUAGGUGAUGGGUUCGCCAUUGUUGGGCUUCAGGAGUAUUUCUACGAUCAAAUUCCGGACAGCAUGAGGAGUCAGGGGAUUGCGCUUUAUCUCAGUGCUAUGGGGGCUGCAAGCUUUUUGAGCAGUGUUCUGAUAACUGUAGUUGAUCAUGUGACCAGGAAGAUGGGUACUGGGAGUUGGUUUGCCAAGGAUUUGAACAAGAGUAGGUUGGAUUUGUUCUACUGGUUGUUAGCUGUGAUUAAUGGAGUUAACUUGUGUGUGUAUUUGUUUGUGGCGAGGAGAUAUUCGUAUAAGAGUGUGGAGAGGAGGGUGGGGAUGGAUGGUUCACAGGGAAGAGAUGGUGGGGGAGCAAUGGCGGAGCCCUAACUGGUUGAUUGUUGUGGUAAAUUAUAUCAUUUACGUAGGAGUGCAGGAAUAGGAGGGUGGUGGAAGUGUUAUUGUGAGUGAAAUAAUUAUGAAAUAUUGUCAAGAUAUGAUAUUUAUUCAUAUGAUAUUAUAUAUUUAUAUCUCGUGAGAAUAAGAAAAA